AUGAAGACUACUUCCCCCGGUGAAGAGACUAUCGCGAAUAUGUCGACAACAAAUCAAGUGGAGAUUCCACAAGCCUCUGGAACCAAUUUGCAACUCAAUGUUUUCUCGUUUUCGAUCUGUCAGAACUUAAACGCUCUUUUCCUCCCUGUUAACUACGCCGCUUAUCGUGUGGAUCGCGAUUCGAUAGCGUCAGUUUUCGCGAAGAAGAUGAGAUUUGCUGUUGGCUGGAUAGCUGCCGCCCUUGCUGCGACAGUUAUCUUGUUGCGACGCGUUGACGGUAAAAACCACCAGGUUGCUCGCUGCUCAGCUUCUCUAGCAGGAUUUGCUGAUGUGUUCCCAGCUCGCUCACAGGCCCCGCCGCCGAUUCGGUAUCUCUCCGAACUCGACGAUGUAUUUAUCCACACGCCUUCUCAUCGAAUACACUCUCACUCAAGAUUUGAUGUCACAUUUACCCUACAUAAUAACGCGCAACACAUCAAAUUGAAACUUGAACCGAAUUACGAUGUCCUAGCAGAAGAUGCUCAGAUCCAGUAUCUGAAUGCCGAUGGCAGUAUAAGAAAUACGGAACUUAUUGACCGCAGAGAUCACAGAAUCUUCAAAGGUUCAGCUUGGACUGAAAUUGAACCCGAACACUGGACAUAUGUCGGCUGGGCGCGAUUGUAUAUAAAACGCGAUGGACCAAACCCAUUGUUUGAGGGCACUUUCAGCCUCAUGCACGAUUAUCAUAAUAUAAAAUUGCGUUCUAGCUAUAUGCGCACACGCGCUGGCCUCGAUAUUGAACCCAUCGAGAAAGAUGAAGACUAUAUGGUAGUCUUCCGAAACACUGAUAUGGCUUGGGAGUCUCAUACCGAGUUGAAACGAUCCGACACUGGUCUCUCCUGCCAGGCAGACAAACUGGAAUUCAACGCAGACCCGAACCAUCCCGUUUUCAGACCUCCCCAGUCCACGAAUUUCGCUGCCAUGCCCUUGGAUGAGCUCUUCGGCAUGUCCAGAAGACAGUCCGAUACAGGUGGUGUUAGUGGAAAUACGGGUGGUAUCAACUUAGCUUCGACGAUCGGCAAUAGCACAGGCUGCCCUAACACUAAGAUGGUAGCACUAGUUGGCGUGGCCACAGAUUGCGAAUAUACCUCGUCUUUCAACAACGAAUCUGACGCCAGAGCAGACAUCAUUCAAAUGUUCAAUUCGGCAUCAUCUGUAUACGAAGACACAUUCAACAUCUCCUUGGGAUUGAAAAAUCUGCUGAUCAGUAAUAGUAGCUGUCCCGAUUCUGGAGCCACAACCACGCCUUGGAACAUGCCAUGUUCAUCCGGGAAUAUCUCUUCGAGGCUAACUGAUUUCACUGCCUGGCGCGGAGGACAAAAUGAUUCCAAUGCUUACUGGACCCUGAUGAGUAAUUGUCCUACGGAUUCUGAAGUGGGUGUCUCUUGGUUAGGGCAGCUGUGUGUUCACGGAUCGGCCAAUGCUUCCGUGGCAGGAGCCAAUGUCGUGGUCAAAACGUCGACUGAGUGGCAGGUCUUUGCACACGAAUCGGGUCAUACGUUUGGUGCAGUACAUGACUGCGAUACUCAAACAUGCCAGCAAGGACUCGCGACAACGUCGCAAUGUUGCCCGCUAACUUCAAGCACUUGUGAUGCCGAUGGAAGAUACAUAAUGAACCCCUCGACAUCUUCGAACCUCGAGCACUUUUCACAGUGCACGGUGGGUAAUAUCUGCUCAGCAUUGGGCCGAAACAGUGUUCAAUCCAACUGCCUAGUUGACAACAAAGGUGUUGUUACCAUCACCGGUAGCCAGUGCGGCAAUGGUAUAGUCGAGAGUGGAGAAGAAUGCGACUGUGGAGGGACCGCAGGCUGCGGAGACGAUCCCUGCUGCGAUCCUACCACGUGUAAAUUCAGGGGCAAUGCUGUCUGUGAUGAUUCCAACGAGGCGUGUUGUACAAAUUGCCAAUUCACCGCUGCCAACACGACAUGCCGGGCUAGCACUGGUCCCUGUGAUCUGGCCGAAGUCUGCUCGGGAACAUCAGGAGACUGUCCUGCAGAUCAGCAUGUUGCUGAUGGUCAUAGCUGCACAAGUGGCAAUGCAACCGGGCUCACAUGUGCUAGCGGUCAAUGUACAAGCCGCGACCUUCAAUGUCGCACCAUUCUAGGUGCCGUAUUGGGGAGCAACGAUACCUACGCCUGUGACGAUUCAUCUUGUACGCUCUGGUGCGCAUCCUCUCAACUACCGUCAGACACAUGCGGUAGCAUGCAACAAAAUUUCCUCGAUGGUACUCCUUGCAAUGGUGAUGUCUCGUGCUGCCGGCGACGCAGAUUCAGAAACGCCCCUCUUCCCCCUGGCGCAAGACCAUAUGGGGGACCUCCGGGAGGCGUAUGGUCAGGUCCUAUGCCACCUGCUCCAGCGAGGGGUAUGCAGCAGCAGGGAAAUAUUGGAUAUGGCGCGUUCCCCCCAUAUCCUCCACCUGCAUAUGACAAUGGCGGGGCUACAGGCGUCCCUAGGACGCAGCCAAGAUAUGCAUAA